AUUUAACCAUAACUUAGAGGAUUGACAGUAACUUGCCACUACUAUUAUUAGUAAAUAUUAUUAUUGUUAUUGUCAUCAAGCACUAAGUUCAUAAAAAUAAUGGCACCUACCAAGCUACAACCUAAUUGUCAAAUAAGACGUCCUAUUAUGCAAUACUAUAUUUAUUCUUGCGUGAAUUGUGUGUCUCUUCCUUCUAUAUAUUUCACACUCACACACACACAAAUGUAAAGAGAGAGAGAGAGAGAGAGAGAGAGAGAGAGAGAGAGAGAGAGAGAUGAGUAAGAAAGAAGAGGAGGUUCAUGUAGUGAUGGUACCAUGGUUAGCAUUUGGACACAUGAUUCCAUUUUUGGAACUCUCAAUUGCCUUAGCCAAAUCCAACAUCCAUAUUUCCUUUCUUUCAACCCCAAGAAAUAUCCAAAGACUUCCCAAAAUCCCACCAAAUCUAUCAUCACUCAUAGAUUUUAUACCUCUCCCACUAGAAUAUUCCGAUCACCUCCCCGAAAAUGCCGAAGCCACCAUCGACAUCCCCGCCGACAAAAUGGACGACCUUAAAAUCGCAUGCGAUCUCCUCCAACGACCUAUCAAAGAUUUCAUUGCGAAGAAGUCGCCGAAUUGGAUCAUAGUCGAUUUCUUCCCCCAUUGGGCAAUCGACAUCGGCCGAGAUUUGAACAUCCCGGUCAUCAUAAACUAUGUCUUCACCGCCAGUGCCGCCACCUUCUUCUGGAUACCGGAGUUUCUCACCGGCUACCAACGGAGGCAGGCCAGACAGUUGCCGGAGGAUUUAAUGGUCCCGCCGGAUUGGAUCGAUUUCCCAUCGAAGGUAGCUUACACGAGAAAAAACGAAGCUAUCGCUAUGCACAACGUUUUCUACAAGGUAAACGCCUCCGGAAUCGCAGACGGCGAUCGACUGAUCAGACUUCUCCAGGCGAGCCGCGCAGUCUGCAUCCGCACGUGUGCGGAGUUCGAAUCCGAAUACGUCGAACUAUUCGCGAAACUCGCUGGAAAGCCGGUUUUUCCGGUGGGUCUUCUCCCACCGGAAAAACCGGAUCAUACUAUAAACCCGUCAGACACACCGAUUUUUAACUGGCUCGACCGACAGAAGCCUAGGUCAGUGGUUUUUGUAGGGUUUGGGAGUGAGACUAAGCUCAACAAAGAACAAAUCCACGAGAUUGCUCACGGGGUCGAACUCUCCGAUGUACCGUUUAUAUGGGCAUUGAGAAAACCCGACGAAAACUGCGACGAUGAUGAAUUGUUGCCGCUAGGGUUUCGCCAACGUACGGCGGAGCAAGGGGUAGUGCACUUAGGGUGGGCCCCACAGAGGGAGAUCCUCGGGCAUCCUUCAAUCGGCGGGUCCCUAUUUCAUGCGGGGUGGGGUUCGAUUAUCGAAACUAUGCAAUAUGGGCAUGUUCUUGUACUUUUGCCGUUUGUUUUCGACCAAUCCUUGAAUGCGAAGCUGAUUGUGGAGAACGGUUUAGGGGUUGACGUUGAGAGGGAUGACGACGAUGGGUCGUCCAAUCGAAAACGGACAAAUGAACUAGAUGUAGACUGUUUUUAA